AUUCAAAGAGUUUCACGAGUUUGUUUUCAUUUUGACAGACGUCUAGUCAAUUUAUGUUUUUUUCGACUUUUGAAUUGUGCAAUUAAAUAUUAGUUUCUUUUGUUUUUAUUUAAUGUUUUUGGUAUAACGACCGUGGUCUAACAGGUAAUUAAUAUUUAUUGAAAUUGUAUUGGUACGGCACGAAAAAGCAAUUCAGUUAUCUGCUUGGUUGUUAACGGGAUUGCAAGUUUAAACAUGACUACACUUUUGGAUCGUUUGCAAGAACACUUGGUAAAAAAACGCCAAGGGUUAAAUGACGUUCACGAAACGUUGAAAAAAAUUACUGGCCGUGAUGUGUUUGAUGAACAUAACCAUGGUAAAUUCAAUAAGAGAUUGCAGCAAGGAGACCAAAAACCUCAAUUUAGAGAUCAGUUAAAAAAAGACGUCAAGAGAUUACGUGACAACAAUAAGUCUUUUAGAAAUGACAGUCAAAACCGUAAGGUUUUUGUUAACAACAAUGAAACAGCGAAAAAUUUUAAAAAUGGACAUAAUUCAGCUAGGAUAUCGGCCAAAGAUCGCUUAGGGAGUAUUGUAGCAGAUGAACACCAAAAACCCAUAAAAGAAGAGUAUGAAGAAGACGAUGAUUUGGAUGAUGAUCCUGCACCAAAAAAAGCACUUCAAUCUCAGGUCAUGUUGUCAUCUAAAAUCAUGAAAUCUCGUACUGAAGUUUUAGCUGCUCAAUCAGGUGAUCAAGUAACAAAAGAACGAAAUAGACGUAUGUUUGGAUCAUUAUUAGGUACUUUACAAAAGUUUAAGAAAGAAGAAACUCAAUUAAAAGAUAAAGAAGAGAAAAAAGCUAAAAUCGAGAGGAGACUCGAAGAAGAAGCAUUGAAAGAAAAAGAAUCAUUAGUCCUGAAAAAACGAGAAUUAUUUAUGCAAAGAAAACAACAGCAAAGAGACAUAAAAAAUAUAGAAAUUAAAAUGGGGUUGGUAAGAAAUUUUGAAGUAUUUGAACGUCAAAUAAAUUGUACUAUGAAUUUUAUCAAAACGGAAUAUGAUCCUUCUGUAUUUUACUUGCCUAAAAUACAUAAUGAAAAGACUGAAAAAAAAUUGGAAAAGACACGUACAUACUUGAGCAAUAUUUUAGGAAAGAAGAGGAAUAUGGUUGAAAGUCAAAUAGACAAGUUGUUACAACCUGAUAAUGAUCAAAUGGAAUAUGAAGAUAGAGUGGAAGAAGGUGAAGUAAGAGCAGCAGACGAAGAAGAGGAUGCAGAUGUUGAUGUUUAUGAAAGGCAUCAGGAUAAUGGAACUUUUAAUUAUGAUUAAAAACAAUUUUUGUGACAAAUUUAAAUUACCUCAAUAUUUUGUAUAUUUUAUUAUAAAU